UUCUACAAAAUAUGGAUAAAAUGACUUCAGCCGAUCCCAGAGAUUUUGAAAAGUUUUAUUUUGAUUUGAGUCUUUAUGAUAAGUCUUUCCAUCAUCUUGUGAAGAAUAGGUCCCAGUGUCAUCGAAAAGUUGAGCAAGCUUUGAAAAAGUUCACAGACAAUAUCGUAUAUAAUGGUUACAAGGGAGUCCGUUUAAAUAUAGACGAUGCCUUCCAUCGUAUUUUUGUUUUUGAAGAUACUGAAUGCUAUUUCAAGUUCAUCCAAACGUUGAUCCGAAAGAUUCUUUAUGUUUCAAAACCUACCGACCAGAUAGUAAAGAUGUCCUGGGGUUUCAGAUACAGAGAAGGCAUUUUUCUUCUGAGAUACUAUAGUGGGUUAUGCAAAGGAAACGGUAACUUACUUCUUGCUAUUGUUAGUAAAUAUCUAUAUAAUUUUUUCACAAAGACAAAGAUUCAUAUCAUUACCGAAAGUCCAGAACCGUAUAAUCCUGAGAUCAUAUUGUAUGAUCCUUUUAUUAAAGUUGGAAAUGGACAUUUAUUUUUGAUAAACGUUGAUCACCCAGACUCUCACGAUGUGCCUUUCGUUGAAUAUACUACUCAAAAUAGCUUAUCUCAAGCGCUUUCUCUGGGGUGGCAUGUUAAUUUUUUAAAAGAGCCAAACACUCUUGAAUGGGUCAUAACAUGCUUUUUGCGUGAAACCGCCCUUUGCUACAGUAGUAUUAUAAUGCAAUUAAAUUAUAAAGAAUACAAUCUAUCUCAAGCAAGACUGAAUAAUAUCAAAAAAGUUUUCACUCAUCAAGACGAUGAUACUUAUUACCGUAUACUUAUUGAUAUUGCUGACUGGCUUGAUAUCGAAAGAUCAGAGUUUGAUAAACAUGACUUCACCAGGCUUUUCAGGUGUUAUCCGUGGGAUUUGGAUGUCUACAUUAUAAUGAAAUGUAUAGCCACUAUUGGAAUCGACCCUUACUUGAUAAGCCAGUUGGAAGACAUCAAGAAAACGUGUAACUGGUCUCCGGUUGAAGAUGGAUUCACGUCAUGUUUUUCGUUAGAUAACAUGCGUUGUUCCCUCCUACGCAUUGAACCAGAAGAGGAGGUCCUUGAAAAUGGUCCUCUUGAAAAUGGUACCCUUGUAUUCAAUCAUAAAUGGGGUUACAGUGGCAUGGUUGUACGUUCCAAAAAACCAGAUUAUUAUUUCGUCUUCACGGAAAAGAACCAAAUGUGUGUUUACAAUUCAAAUUCUCUUUCCAAGAUUGGACUAGACCCAUGGAGCUUGAACUUGCGUAAAAUUUUCUACAACUCGGUCGACAUGGGGAAACUAGGUAUCCUUUUCAAUGAUAUAUUUAUAUAAGUAGACUUCUA